AGUGGAAAAGCAGAGGAUCAGCAGAGGAUCAUUAGGCGAUGAGGGACAACAUGUUGCUACMUUCUCUGGACACCUCAGCAGAUCCUGAGCCCGAGCUGCUGUGCAUCUUUGGGACCGGGGACUUGGGGACCUCUCUGGGCCAACGUCUGGUCCAGUCUGGCUACAGAGUGAUGUACGGCAGCCGAAACCCUCACAGCCGCAAUCCUCGCAUACCUCAGACAGCUCAGGUGGCAUCGCACGCCUCGGUGGCCCAGUCGGCCAAAAUCAUCUUUGUCUGUCUUCAUAGAGAACAUUACAAAAUCCUGGAAACAGUGAAGGAUCAUCUCCAAGGAAAGGUGUUGGUGGAUCUCAGUAACAACCUGAAGAAAAACAUGUAUCCAGAAGCCAAUGCUGUUUAUAUGCAGAGGCUGGUCCCCAAAGCUGCUGUGGUGAAAGGUCUUAACACGCUGUCUGCCUGGGCCCUACAGAAUGGACUUUUGGCUGGUAAACAGGUGUUCCUGUGUGGAAACAGUGCAGAAGCAAAGCAGGCAGUCGCACAGAUGGCAACCAAACUGGGCCUCACUGUUCUGGAUAAAGGGUCUCUGUCAGCAGCCAGAGAGCUGGAGGACUUCCCCCUGAAGCUGUUCCCAGAGUGGAGGCUGCCUCUUCGUGUAGCUUUGGUCCUAACUAUCCUCUUCUUUAUCUACCUGCUCAUCAGAGAUGUCAUCUAUGCAUAUGUUAAAAUGAAGGAGGACGUUUCAUACAGAAUCAUGGUGUCCCUUUUAAACAAGGUUUUCCCCAUUGUGUCGCUCAUUAUGUUGUCUCUGUGUUACCUGCCUGGUGCUAUAGCUGCUAUUCUUCAGCUCUACAGAGGGACCAAAUACAGGCGCUUUCCUAACUGGCUUGACCGGUGGUUGCAGAGCAGGAAGCAGAUGGGUCUUGUUGCACUCGGCUUCGCUUUCCUCCACGUCACCUACACAUUUAUCAUUCCUAUUCGCUACGCUGUCAGGCACAAACUCAUCUCGCGCGUGGUGGAUGAGGUMAAGAAUAAUAAAAGCACCCCAUUUUACUUUGAUUCUACUGAGGCGUGGGGCACAGACUCAUUUGUAACACUUGGAAUCCUGGGCUUUUUUCUUUUUGUCCUUCUUGGAAUAACAUCCCUGCCCUCUGUGGGAAGCUCCCUCAGCUGGAGAGAAUUCAACUUCAUUCAGGUCAGAGCUCUGUAGGAAGUGUGCCAUCCAUUGUGUGAAUGUAUGUAAGAGUGUGUGUGUUCACCUUUAGGAUUACACCCGUCAUCAGUCAAACCAAGUAAAUCACUCA